AUGCUCCCAUAUGAAAUGAUCGACAUCAACAUCAACCCCUUCGACACGGCCGGCCUCCCCAUCCUAACCGGCCCCGAAACAUACGAAAACUGGUCCGAAGCACUCAGCACGCACCUCCAACUAAUAGGUCUCUGGAGCACCAUAUCAAACGACACCACCACCACCCCUCCCUCCCCCCCUACUAGGACCACCGAAUACCGAACCACCCCCAGCUCCAUCCGACUCCAACUCCGCCCCAACACCCUCCGCCUACCCCCCCACCAACCAACUCACGAAAUCCCCCUCCCACCCACCCCUCCACCCCCCCUCACCCAAACCAAAAAAAUCAUCCUCCAAACCCUGACCCCGCGCAUCCGCAACGAAGUCAUGAAUCUCCCCUCCCCAGGCGAGAUCUGGUCCUACCUCGACGCGAAAUACUACAUCGUGCAUCCACUUGAUGGGUUACAGGCCGCGCAGAACAUCUUCUACGAGGACUGUGGCAAUGUACAGGAUUAUGCGCUGAAGAUGAAACGCGCGCUGGAGAAGAUUGAUCGGUGUAUUGGGCCGAAGGUGGGUGUACCGGAGGCGAUGAAGGUGCAGUUUUUGUUGGCUGGGUUGGGGAGGGAGUGGAGGGGGUGGGUGGGGGGGUUUUUGGAGAGGUGGGAUGUUAGGGAGGUGGGGUUUGAGGGGGUGGUGGAGGAGUUGAGGAGGGGGGAGGGGGAUAUAAGGAGGGUGGGGAUGAAAGGGCAGAGACUUUAG